AUGCCCCUGGUCAGCUAUGACUCGUCCUCAUCCGACGAGGCCGGUCCCAGUAGCAAGCCCCGUACCGCAUCGCCGGGGACCGAGAUAGCCGUCCCGCCGACGAACAAGAGAAAGCGCGGACUACCAAAGCUGCCUUCUACAUUCGAUACGAAUAAUCCCAGGGAUGACCCAACGCAGCAUCAAGGCCGCACGCGAUCUCGGCCGUUCGUACAGGGCGAAUACAACGCGCAUGUCUAUAUCUCUUUACCGCUUCCGCAUGGGUUGAGACGUGUCAUUGGAGAGAUCACCUCUCUUGCGCAAGAGCUAUGCCCGGGCCACGCGAUUCACUCGCUUAUAUCGACAUCAACGGCGGGAAUUGAGCCUGCGUCUGCGACCGCUGCGCUUGUUCCCUCCGCCGAGCAGCAGCCCCGUCCUCCGAUCUCGGCAGACAGGAAGGACUUCCCACUGCACGUCUCCCUCACUCAUCCCCUCCCACUCCGCCAAUCCCAGCUCAUCAGCUUCCGGGAUGACCUCCGUACUGCUCUUCGACGAUCAGCAGGAGCCAUCACCGGUACCCGGGGCCUUCGCCUGAGCAUAGCGGGCGAGGUCGUGGGCUUCGUCAAUGGCCGCAAAACAGGUGGAGAGGGAAAAGGAGGACGGGCGUUCCUUGCGGUGCGCGUGACUGCCGGAUCGAAAGAGCUCGAGCGGCUCCUCGACCAGGCUAUCCAUCCUAUCCUCUCCAAAUUGCACCUACCGCUGUACCACACGAACCCCCAGUUCCACGCAUCUUUCGCUUGGACCCUGAUCGAUCCUGUCUCUGCGCAUCCGGCGUCAGAUUCGCCGGACUUUCCUCCCUCGACUAGCGGAGCCGGCCCGGACGCAGACGUAUCGCUCGACGACGCCGAGCUGUCACCCAGCACAUCCGAGGCGAGUACGGGCGAGACCCCUUUCUCGCCCGAAGUGCUGGCUCAGUUAUCAGAGAAGUUCGGCAAGGCGAUCCUGGCUGCACAGCCACAAGGCGGAUGGGAGGUAGAUCAUCUAGAGCUCAAGCUAGGCAAGGAGGUACAUCUACUACCUCUUCGAUAA